UGUGUGUGUGUGUGAUGCGUAGUCGAUCUUCGUUAGUCUGUUUCGCAGUGCAUUACCUUUCGAUCCUUUAACAUCAGGUGAUUUUCGUGUUUGCACCGAGAGGCUGGUUUGUCUGGGCUGUCCGUUGUCAAGGUGCCCGGACUCAAGGUGCCUUCGAUGAAGUCGUCAGCCAGUCUGUUCUGAUUUCCACAUAUGGCAGUCUACCACCCCGGAAGAAGAAUGACUAAUCUGCAGACUGUAGAUACUUAACGCCUGAACGUGACCGCUGAAGAGCAGAAACAGCGGUGAGAAGGUAGCGCGUCCAGCGGAGAAUACGGAAACUCGCCGACGUACAGCUCUACAGAGUACAAAAUGAAAACCACUUCACAACCGUGUCGUGUAUCCUCAAAGUAUCCCUACCUCCUGUUGCUUCUUUUUCUGUGCGCUGUUAGUCGCUGUUGCGCCUUCAAUUUGGACGUGAGAUUCUCCGUUGUAAAGGAAGGAAAGACACCGGGCAGUUUAUUCGGACUGUCGGUCGCGCUACAUCAGCAAGUUGUGGGGGACAACAGAUACCUUCUGCUUGUAGGGGCCCCAAAGGAAAGAGCAGAACCUUCUUUGUCAGCCAAUGAGACUGGAGAUAUGUUUGCUUGUCCAAUCAGCACAAACCCCAAAGACUGCAUACAAGCAAACUUAGUCAGCUCAGACCCUCCUCAACCAGACGAGAUUGUAGAGGGCAUGUGGCUCGGUGUGUCGGUAGCCAGUCAGGGUCAACCAGGAGGGCGGGUCAUGGCUUGUGGUCAUCGCUACACAAGAAACAUGGACAGGGGUACAAACCUACGCAUGAUUGGGAGGUGUUACAUAGCCGGGAAUGACUUGACCUUGGACCCAGAUGGAGAUGACCAGUGGCAGUUGAAAAAUGAAGUGUGUGACCCCAACACCAACCAUCUUAGAGAAGGCAUGUGCAACAUGGGGAUCUCAGCUACUAUCACACAGACAGAGGUCAUCGCAGGUGCUCCUGGCUGCUAUAACUGGCAAGGAAAUUCAUUUGUGAUUUACAGAAACCCUGACGACAUGUAUGACACUCAGGAGACCAAGUUUCCAGACAUGAAUGAUGGAAAUAUAUAUAUGGGCUAUUCUGUGGACAAACAGAGUGGAGUACUGAGCCCAGAUGAAGACACAGUGGUGACCGGAGCUCCCAGACACCAGUCCAAAGGGUCUGUCAUCCUGGCUAAGAGCGUCAGGAAGGAGAACAGCCUUCCUGAGCUGCAGAAGCAGUUCACUCUGGAUGGGGAGCAGGUCGGCUCCUAUUUUGGCAGUAGCUUUGCUGUUGUGGAUCUCAAUAAUGAUGGGUGGAAGGAUCUCGUAGUUGGAGCCCCGUUUUAUUUCAAUCGGAGAGCAGAAGAGGGCGGUGCAGUGUAUGUCUUUAUGAACGACAACGGCUCCUUCCUUAAGAAAACUGACACAGUGUUCACAGGGCCCAGAAACUCAGGGUUUGGUAUGGCUGUUGCAGCUAUUGGCGAUGUUAAUCAAGAUGGCUUCCAAGACUUUGCAGUCGGUGCACCCUAUUAUGGCUCAGGCAGGGUUUGUGUAUGGAUGGGCAGCCAAACUGGCAUUUCGAACAAACCUAGUCAGGUGAUUGAGGGGAAAGACAUUACUAAUGGUGGCUUCCGGACAUUUGGCUACUCCAUCAGUGGGGGCCUGGAUGUUGACAGGAACAGCUAUCCUGAUGUUGUGGUUGGAUCCUUAGAUGAUCGUGUGGCCUUGCUAAGGGCCCGUCCGGUGAUCCACCUAAAGAAAACUUUCACUGUGACGCCCCCUACUGUUGACCCUAAUGACUGCGACUCCUGUAUUGUGGUGAAAAUAUGCUUCUCCUACACACUCAGCACCGGGGACUCAAGCUUCAAGAAGAACAUUACUGUGAAGUUUACCGCAGAGGCCGAUCUACUUCGCCGGUCAUCCGUCAGCCGUGUCCGUUUCCUUAGCAACAAUAAGAACAGCCACACUGGUUACUUGUCCAUGCAAUCAGAGGACUGUCAGACUCUUAUCCUUGGAGUGGUGAAGCCAGUCCGGGACAAAGUUGCACCUCUUUCCUUCUCUCUCAACGUGUCCCUGUACGAGCCUGAGCCCAGUUCUCCACAGCAGCUGCAGAGUCUGGAUGCCUUUCCCGUGAUCAGCCAGCAGGAGGCGCUCACGGAGAGGACGGAGAUUCACUUCCAGAAAGCCUGUGGACCAGACAACAAGUGUGAAAGCAACCUGCAGAUCACAGCCAUGUUUGCAAAAAACCAGCAGGAGAUUUUCCCAGUUCGGGACGGCCAGCAGGUCCUGCUCUAUGACUCCAGCAUCAAGAAACUCAGUCUGCUGGUUAAUGUGACCAACGCUCCCACUGCAGAGAGACCAGCAGAAGACGCCCACAAUGCUGUUCUCAACAUCACCAUUCCACCCUCCCUCAGAUACUCCGGCCUCAGAUCUUUGAGUUCAGCGAUUGAAUGCAGUCCUGAAGGCAAUGUUAUUCUGUGUGAACUGGGGAACCCUUUUACUACCAAUCAAAUGGUUGAUUUUGCAAUAAUCUUUGAGACAUCUGGGAUCACAUUGGACACCCAAGAAAUUAAGUGUGAUCUGCAGCUCUCAACGCUGAGUAUACAGAGUGAUUUAAUGCCACUCACCAAAGUGCUCCUGGUGGAGUACACCCUGCAGGUGUCUUUUACAGAUUUCUCCCAGGAAGUUCAGACUGAGUUCAGUGGGGAGGUCGUCGGUGAAUCAGCCAUGAAAUCCACUAGUGAUAUCGGAAGCCCAGUGAAGUUCAUCUUUACGGUGAAUGUGGAAGGGAAACCUCUGGAGGAUCUGGGUCAUCUGCAGGUGGACUUUGAGUGGCCCAGUGAGGUGGAGAAUGGGAAGUGGCUUCUGUACCUGUCAGAAAUCAAGAUGACGGGCACCUCAAACUCCAUUUGUGUUCCACCAGGAGACAUUGUGAACCCACUCAACCUCCUGGUGUCCGAGCGUCAGAAGGAGCGGAGGAAGAGGGAGGAUGAAGGCUCUCCUGAGUCUGUCCACUCAGUCACACAACCCUCUCUUAACCUGCAGGGCGGCCGUAAGAGAUUUUCCUUGAGCUGUGGGAGAGGAGCACGAUGUCAGACCUUUAGCUGUGCGUUACACAACAUGAACAACUCGGCCAUGCUGACGGUCCAAGCGCGCCUGUGGAACAGCACCAUGCUGGAGGAUUACAAAGAGGCUUCGACUGUGGAUGUUUAUAGCCUGGCUACUCUGAAGCUUAUCACAGACAAACCCACCAUCAGGAUGGCCAAUCAAACAGCCAGUUUCUCAGUGAAGAUAACACCAGCAGGGCAACACGAGACUGCAUAUGAAGUUCCCCUGUGGAUCGUCAUCGUGUCUGUGCUGGCUGGAGUUGUUCUGCUGGGCCUCAUUAUUUUGCUCUUAUGGAAGUAUGGAUUCUUCAGAAGGGCACUAUCCUUCAGGACCAUGCCCAGGUACCACGCUAUCAAGAUCCACAAGGAUGAGAACUACCGCCUUAGUCAGGGAUGCCUGAUUAAAGACUUUAGCAAGAAGCACUGGAUCACAAACUGGACAGAAAUGCAACAGUAUCACUGAGUAGAGACCCCCCGCCCCCAAACAAGAGUGGGAGAGACUCCAUCCACCAUGAGCUGCAGCGUCUACAGAUGUUCCUUUCAACCCUACCUGAUUUCACAAGAGCUGAUCUCUCUGACACAGGAGGCCCAGGUAAUAAACCCAGGUGGUGUCCUGCAGGGGUGGAGCCAUGUCAAAGUGGUUGUAGUUUGCUAACUAAUCACUUUCCCACCAGCGACAUUCCGGUGCUCAUGUUGGAGCAUGUUCAUGUUCAGGACAAAUGAUUACGUGUCUGGAUGUGGGUGAUUCCUAGCCCCGAAAAAGCAGGUGGCCUAUAAAGAAGAAGAUAUCAAAACAUCAUAUAUUAUGUUCUUUGUUUCCACAUUUUAGUUUUUGCAUCUCUGACUCUUUCAGCGUCUCAGAGGGAUUGCCAUAGACAGCGAUUGUGUGCAGAACACGUGUUUUGUUUAUUGUUAUGUUAUGAAUAUGUACAGUUAUUAAGUAGCAACUGUGCUGGCAGUAUAUGCAAAAUACAGACAGAUUAAAUUAAUCAAAAUAUCGAAUUUCUGGAAAAUAGAGGCUAAACAAUUUUACAAGUGACACCAAAACCCUACAAGAAAAGGCUAUGGCAGAACUACACCAAUUUUUCUGACCCAAAAACAGUUCAAGAUUUUAACAUCCAUACUUGCCCCCUGUUGGUGGAAAGGAUUUUAGAAGGUUCUAGGUUUGAACCCCGCUGAUGUAUAAUAGCACUGCGCUCCUAACUGACCAUUUCUCUGGUAAUACGCUACUCUCCCUGCAGGAGGCUGUUUUUACUCUUAAACUUGUGUUUACACCUGGGUUUACAUUCCGGUUUAGACUCGUGUUUACACUUGGGUUUAGACUUUGGACUAACAGACACUGCUGCACUUGGUGGACCCAGAUGUUUAUGGAACAAUUUGUAUUAGGAAAGAGUUUGUAUUACAUAACUGUGACUACUAAAUUAAUAGGACUUAGUAAAGAAAAUAAAAGUGUAUUUGAACUGGUUAACAGGUAGAUAUGAUCCAUUUAUGGGUUUGUUGAUGCACUCUAAGGCCAUCCACCAUGGAGACUCCAUACAGCAGAACUGUACAUCACCUUCAUGUCCAUAUGUCAUAUCUGUGGUAUUGUAAAUACUUUGCUUCUUGUACUUAAUGGUGUAGCUGAAAAAUUAAUAUCAAAGCAGGUUUUUUCUUUUUUCACAGUAAGGCUAUGGGCUUCGAAGAUGUGUCAAAAGUCUACUUAAAAUGUGGAUUAUAGUCAUACCUUUCUACUGUUAUAGUUAAAGACUUUUACUGUAGGGCACUGGCUGUUUGCUCCUACAUGACCUAAACAUUUCGCAUUGUACUGCUUUGUACACUGUACUAUUACUGCUGUUUGGUAAUAUUGUAUUAGAGGGAUAUGUUUACAAAUAUUUGAUUUUAAAUCAACUGCCUGGAAUGAAUGUAACGAUUACAGGGUAAAUGUCAGAUCAAAAGCAACAUAAUUUAUAAUGUAGAAAAAUCCUGUUCAACACAAUCAGUCCAGUCAGCUAAAUGCCAUAAACGUAAAUGUAAAUGUAAAUCCAGUGAGGAUUCGUUAUCCAGAUGGAGGUAAUAUUUGCCAGAAUCACUUUUGCAAUUUGACUUUUUGAGUGAAAACAUCCUGUGUUUUAUAUAGUGAUUUAUUUUUGUAUUCAUGGUAUUUUGUAAAAGAAAAGAUUGAAGUUUACACCUCACAUUUGACCUUUUGUGUUCUGUGUUUUAUUGUUUUAAGGAACUUGCAUACUUUGUCUGUUACAUGUGCUUGCAGUAUCUUUGUACAUCAUCCUUUUGUGGAUAUUUGGUGUUAAAAUAAAUCUACCAGUAGCUGUUGUAAAAA